UUCGCAGAGCGCAUGUGAUGCUAGCGCUCAGUUCAACACGUCGCUAUCUUUUCACUUUAGGCAAAGCAGAUUGUUCCUACGCUAUUCUUGUGUGUAUUUAAUAUAUCACGGGGAAGCGUUUUUGCUCCGUAUUUUUCUGGCUUUCAUCACAUUUGGAUUAAACAUGACUGGACUGAAGUUGAAUGGUGCACUGAUUUUGUGCGUCCUGUUACUGCCGUGCUCGCAACCGAAUAGCCAGGUGCUGGACUGUCGCGAAGUGCGCUCGUCGUUUCAGUUUUUGUAUCCGGGAAUGAAAUGGACCCCAGAAAACCCAGUCUCAGGCUCAGAUCUGCAGGUGUGCCAACCAAAAGGCCUAACUUGCUGUUCUCGUAAAAUGGAGGAGCGCUACCUGCUUGUUGCCAAACAGAAUAUGGAGUCUAGCCUCCAGGCCACCAGCGCUCAGCUCAAAGUACUUAUCAUUCAAAACGCUGCUCUCUUUCAAGAGGCCUUUGACAUGGUGCUUCGUCUGGGUCGUAAUUCAACUCUGAUGAUGAUAAGAGAGGAGUUUCCUGGUUUGGGUGCCGGGGCCAGCGGAGCCAUCACACAGUUAUUCCUGGACAUGUCUCUUUACAUCCUGGGCUCGGAUGGCAAUGUAAAUGACAUGGUCUCCACCUUCUUCUCUCGCCUCUUUCCCCUCACCUACCGCCGUCUCCUUGGCAAUGGGGCAGUUGCGGGCAUCUCAGAGGAAUGCCUUCGAGGGGCAUGGCGUGGAAUGUCUGCAUUUGGGUCUUUUCCCAAGAUGAUGAUGACCCGGCUUUCUCGCUCACUCCUGGCCACUCGGGUUUUCCUGCAAGCGCUAAACCUGGGCAUCGAAGUGGUGAACACGACCCAGCAUCUGCGGGCAGGCAGGGACUGUGGACGCUCACUGCUGAAGCUGUGGUACUGCCCACACUGUCAAGGGCUGCUGGAGGCCCGACCAUGUCACCCGCUCUGUGUCAGCACAAUGGGGGCCUGUCUGGGGGGAGCGGCGGAAGUGCAGCCUCAUUGGAGGGCGUAUGUGGAGGAACUGGGGUCACUUGCUGCUGCCAUGAGGGGUGAGCAGGACAUCGAGGCCGUGGUGCUCAGACUACACGUCAUUAUUAGACAAGCUCUGAAACAAGCUGUAGCAGCCAAAAGCAAACUCAGCGCACAGGUGAGCGGUAUAUGUGUGUACGCGCCCCCACGUGUGUCUCGAGCCGUGGCAUUGUCGACAGAACACACAUCUGCCUCAAAGCUACCCCACAGCCGUCCAGCAGUGAACUUUGACCCAGAUGAGACCCUCUUUGGACGACGCAGGGAGUUUAUCUUGGGUCUGAGAAGCUUCAGUCAGUUCUACAGUGGACUUGGAGAAGCUUUGUGCAGUAAAGAGCUGGCAGCACUCAACAGCUCCUUCUGCUGGAACGGACAGGAGAUGACAGACAAGUUUUCUGGUCCAGGUCUGAAGAGAGUCCAUCCACACGGUUCUGAAUCCAGACAAAAACCUCCCGAACCCGUCAUCAGCCAGAUCAACGACAAACUCAAACACAUCAAUCAGCUUUUGCGUAUGGUGACAUUGCCUGAGAAGCAAUGGAGGGCUCGACCAGGAGGGGGCACUGCGAAAAAAGAUCCUGCCAGACAGGGCCAGGCUGAUGAGGAUGAGGAGGGUCUAGAGAGUGGGGACUGCGAUGAUGAAGAUGAGUGUAUGGGCGUUUCUGGACUUGGGCCGCCCCCGAGACGCAAACGUCUGCGCAUCUUUGCAGACUUGGCAGAUAACUUGGCUAUUGAUGACUUAACGCUUCACGAGCUGCUCCUGACUCCUAGAUUGGCCACGGACGCACAUGCCGGAGCAUCUGUACCCGGAGCAGCAUGGGCGGCAUAUGCUCCUUGUGGAUCCUUCAUCUUUAACAUCAUUAUCAUCAUCAUGUUCGGCCUUCAGUGAUCAUCAAUCCACUCUGACUACCUUCAAACUUUGAGUUUUAAGGAGACGCUACUAAUAUCCAUGUGUACAUACAGUUCCAUGAUUUUGGCAAAGGACAGGAAUAUUUCCUCUUCUCAGUCUCAAGUCUUACCAUAUGAGCUUGUCGUUUUUAUAUUUUGUGUGGAUUCAAGGAUUUAAAUAUUAUCUCAAUGUCCAGACUAUGAAAUCUCAAUUCUUCUAUAGCAUGAAGAGUACUAUUUAUCCAUCUAAAAAAUCAUGUUUUUCCCCCUCUGUGCUUUUAUGCCACACAACCGCCAUGUGUUUUACACUGAACAUUGCCUCCCCUCUGCAAUACACAUGCAGUUUUACACAAAGGCCAAAGCCUUCUUUAGUAAACGGACCUAAAUCUCUUUUGAGAGGACAAAAAAAAGCUCAGCUUUUGUUAGUGAAUGGGCACACUUAAGGAGACAGAACCGUGACUGACAGAGUCUGUGAAUACAUAUAAAUGCUCAACUGGGCACAGACUAUCUCUGACUCCUAGACUGUCUCUUAUACAUUGUAGUGAGUUUCUCCUCUGCCACCCAUUUCCUGUGCAGUAAAUAACCCUUGGAGGAGAGGACAUCAAGGAAUUGGCAUGUCGUUGUGAAACCCUCUCCUUCCAGGAUGACACAGCUGUACUUCAUUUGCAAAAAAAUGCUUUUAAACUGUUUUAUUAGAAUGCUGACUUUCCCUUUUCAGAAACUGUGGUUUUUUAUAUCUCUCUUUGAUUUUGUCACUUCCUUUGACUGUUUAGCUCUUCCUUUUCCUAUCUUUUCCUCUGUUCUUCUAUUAUAAUUGUGUGAUUAAAGCAUUCUCUUGAAUGGACUUCCUCUACAUUUCCUUUUUGUCUGUUUAUUUAUUUAUUUAUUUUUUGCUUUUACUUCCCCCCUUUCACAGGUCACCAUAGCAGGUCCACCUAAGGAAAGGUGUGCCAUGUUGAUGGCUUGAUUGAUCUGUGCAUGUAACAUAUGUAAGGCCAUUUGUAAAGAUUUCUUUUUUAUACAUAUUUGUUUACAAAGGGCUAAACCUAUCAUUUUAGACCAGAAUGUUUUUGCUUGGAGAACCUGUUGUUUGCAAACACUGUUCCCUAUCUGUCACUCACUCGACAUUGUGUCGAUGAGUUGACACUAAGGGUCGCUCCUGCAGAGCCCAGACAUCUCUGAUCAUGAGAAAAGGCCAAUGGAAAAUGGCGAAAAUGGCGUCCUCCUCUUUGGAGAGACACCCCUCAGCUUGGACCAUAUAUAUAUGGCCCCCAGCCAAACGAUUUCAUUCCUUUUUGGGGAGAACAAUAGAGAGAAGGCCAUUGCUGGGCCAGCCAGUCCUUAUACUUCUGAGCAGUUAGCCGUUCCCCUAGGUGCAGGGGACCGCUUCAUACCUGCCAGUAUGUUGAGGGUAGUUAUGCGACGGCAUGCUGCGCUGACUACGAGGCACAAAGAGGUCUGUCCGUCUCGCACCACCAGUCUGCGUAACUCGGUUCAGCUCUUGUGGCAUUUUCCAUUGGGACCCCUAGUGUCAACUCAUCGACACAACGCCGAGUAAAUGACAGAUAGGGAACGUCUCGGUUACUGAUGUAACCUCCGUUCCCUGAUGGAGGGAACGAGAGGUUCUGUCCCUCCUGCCACAACACUGAACCAACCGCUGAAAUGGCCGGGUCUUUGGCUCAGCUCCUCAGUGCGAUACCUGAUGUGUGUUUGCAGCGUCACUCCUUUUAUACCCGUAUGUCCGGGGGAGUGGCAUGAAAAUUCCACACACCAAUUUCCAUUGGCCUUUUCUCAAGAUCAGAGAUGUCUGGGCUCCGCAGGAGCGACCCAUAAUGUCAACUCAUCGACACAACGUCUCAUUCCCUCCAUCAGAGAACGGAGGUUACAUCAGUAACCGAGAAAUUUUCCUGUCAUAACCUGUGAAGUUAUUUAUUAUUGAUCUCUGUUCAAUACUUAACAGCAUGUCAUUAUUCGUAAAGUGUGUUGUGGACAAAAGAGUGUCAUAAACAAGACUGCUAGAAUCUGCAGCUAGAGAUACAUCAAUGUAUUGACCAAACAUCUGUAUAGGCAAAACAUUUAUUAUCUGCACUAUUGGACAUUGGCCAAAUGUUUAAAAACCACCAAUGAUCAUGGCCAAAUAUUUUUGGUCAAAAGGGGAUGGAAAAAUGAGUCCAACAAUUAGCCUGUAACUCAUGUUGUGUGUGAAAAAAAGUAUCUUGUUUAAAAUUACAAUGACAGCAGUUGCAGUUUGUAAGGUGUGCGCUACGAGGUGGAACUACGGUUAAAAAAAGUUAACACAACAAAAGCAGCCUCCACUUUAGCUUUAUCAAACUGGUCAUAUUAAUUGCUGCUAAAAAGUAAAAGCUUCAUCAUUCAGAAUUCAGUCAAUGUGAGUUAAAGGGAUAGUUUACCUUAAAAUUUUAAUUCUCUAAUCAUUAGCUCACACUCAUUCCAUCGUAGAUGUGUAUGACUUUCUUUCUUCUGCUGAACACAAACACAGAUUUUUAGAUGAAUAUCUAUAGGUCCUCACUAUGCAAGAAAAUGUUACCAAAUUUUGAAGGUCCACAAAGCAUGUAAAGGCAGCGUAAAGGUAAUCCGUAUGACUCCAUUGUUUUAAUUAAUGUCUUCAGAAGAGAUAUGAUAAGUGUGGGUGAGAAACAGAUCAAUAUUUAAGUCCUUUUUUUACUAUCAAUCUCCACAUUCACAUUCACAUGCUUCUUUUGUUUUUGGCAAUUCGCAGUAUUCGUGCAUAUCACCACCUACUGGGCAGGGAAAAGAAUUUAGAAUUUUAGUUUCUCACCCACACCUAUCACAUCACUGGCUCACAUUUACGCUGCCUUUGUGUGAUUUUUGGAGCUUCAAAAUAUUGGUACCCAUUCAAUUGAAUUGAGAACCAACAGAUCUGAAAUAUUCUUCUAAAAAUCUUUGUUUGUGUUAAAGAGAAGAAAGAAAGCCACACACAUCUGGGAUGGCAUGAUGGUGAGUAAAUUAUGAGAGAAUUUUCAUUUUUGGGUGAACUAUCCCUAUAAGAAAAUUCAAAUAAAUAAGAAAUCUUACCAAUUUCAUGUGAGUCUAACAAAAGACUAUUCAGUUUAAGUGAGUUAAGAAUGUGAAUGUGAGUUAAUGUGCUUUUUGUUUCAGUGUUUUUUUAUAACUUACACCAGUUAUUCAGAAACAUGAAAGACAUGAAAAGACAUAGAGAAUAAAGAUGUUUUUGAGUUACUUUGUAGAUGUGUAAUUAAUAAUCAGUGGUUUGAAACAAGUUAGCUUAAAAAGCAGAAUCACCAAACAAUUGGUGUAUGCAGAUAUUGUUCUAAAUUCCCAGUUAUAUUGAGAUCAGGACUUUGACUGAGUCAUUGUAGAACAUUAAACAUUUUGUGCUAGAGCUAGUUCAAUGGUAAUUUGACCUUGUGUUCAGGAUCACUGGCCUGCUGAAAAAUUAACUUUCUCUCCAUUUACAGUUUUGUAGCAGACCGUAACAGGUUCUCUUACAGUAUUUGCCUAUAAUUUGCACAAUUCAUUCUUUUAAAAAGAUGCCCCAGAUCCUAUUGAUAAAAGGCAGCCUCAGACUUUACCAGACAUCAGUGGGUAUGGCGGAUAUCUGUGAGGUGAAUGCAGUGUUAGAUUUAAGCUCCAUGUCUAAUUUAACUAGAAAAUCUUUUCACACAUUACAGCUUGGUCAAUGUCAUGUUUUUUUUUUUUCUUCUUCAAAGCUUCAGCUUUGAAAUGGUUCUUUUGGAGCAAUGACAUCUUUUGUGCCACCCUCCCCAACAGGUCAGUGAUAUGCAGAGCUCUUGAUAUGGUUGACUAGUGCACCUUUACUCCGUUCUCAGCCACUGAACACUGUAGCUCAUAUAAAGUGAUCACUGGUCUCCCUGUAGCUUCUCUCACAAGCCUCCUUCUUCGUGCAGGGAUUUUUGAGGAUUGACCUUUUCUGGACGUUUUGAUUGGGCCCCACUUACUGAUAAUUGUACCAACAGUACCCACUGGGACAUCAUAAUACUUUUAUAAUGUUUUGUACCCUUUUCCUAAUUUAAACAUUUGUUUUCCUUUAUCUCUAAUUUCUUUCUAAUGCUCUUUUGUCUUCAUUUUCACAGCUGUCCUUCUGAUUCACAGCCUAGGUAAUGAUCACUUAACUGUGGGGAUUUAUUUACAAAAUGUGGUAGUUAUUUUAAUGAGUCGCAGGUAGUGGCCAAUUGUAAGGCAAUUGUGUCCUUGUUGGGGCCAUUUUUUUUUUUUUUUGCAUCUGUGUAAACUUAAAGCUUCUGCAAUACAUUUACUGAUUCUUUAUGUAGGAAACAUUUCAGAUUAUUUGAUUUCACAUUUAAAUAACAAAACUGUGAUUUCCCAAACAGUAGUUCCCAAACAAUCCCAAAAUAUGGUUUUGGAACAUUGAUAAAAUAAAUUGGAUAAUGAUCUGAAUACUUAUGUAAGGUACUGUAUAAUGAAAUUAUAUUGACAAUGAUACACUUAUGUAAUGUAAAGGAUGCAUAGUGCAAAUUUAACAGUCAGUUUGAAAGCAUAAAAACAUUCCAAACAAACUAUGGCUGAGGGAGUGAUAUAUAAUGUAUAUAUAUAAAACUCAACUUCAUUGAAACAAAUAGUUCAUCACUUUAGUAUGUACUAAAUGAAUCAUGUGCUUCUGCCAGUAAUGGAAUGUGUUGAGUACUGUAAUUCAGUUCUGAAUUCUGCAAUAUUGUUUAUACUGGUACUGACUGCACAGUAGGGGAGCAUUCAUGGGACAUUUGGCACAUUUGAGUACUUGAGCUGUUCAAUAACCAGAGUGAAGGGGGAGGGGGAUAAAAGGGAGUCCUUCAUUCAUACCAGGGUACAGUUAAUCAGACCUUAUAUUAGUGAAGAAUCUGUCCUGUCUCUGUAUCUGCUGUGUACCUGCCACACAGUUUACAGAAUUUUCAAUAGCCAUCACUGGUAUAAGUGUAUUAAAUACAGAGUAAACCAGAUGCUGUUUAUUUGUGUCAAUAAAGUACGAGUAUUGUAAUUUAAAAAGGUUUACAUGUCAAUGAUAAUCCAGAUUUUGUUUAUGUUGUUUUAACUGUUUAUGAAACAAUGGAGUCUUUAUGAAGAUGAAAAGUGUGUUUUGAUGCUGUUACAGAGUGGUGUGUUUGUGUGAAUGAGAGAAUUAGGUGUGUAUGUGUGUGUGUCUGUAUGCAAUUUUCAUUUCAACCAGUUGAGGGGUCUCUUUUUGACAUUCAGUCUCAGAAGUAAAAAAAAAUGUAUGUUAACCUAAUUACAGAACGUGACGGCCAAUAAAUAUUAUCAACUCUA